UAGAGAGGUUUGACUAAUUGAGUUGAUAAUUGAAAUGAAAAUGCUCUCAAAAAUUGAAAGUAGAAACACCCUUUUUGUGUUGACGGAAAUUGCUGUUAGAGUUUGAUUGUAUGAAAAAAAUCCUCGUCAUGACAGUGACUUCUUAUUUAUGAGGUGGACAUUGUCUGAAGGCACGGUUAGGUUGAUGCAUUUAAUAGAAAAUGUGUCUGAUGAGACCAUGAAUUGCUGUUACUCACGUUCUUUGUUCUUUUAUGUGUGAGACAACCAUGUAAUGAAUUUUGGGGUGUCUGGGUGGUGUUCUUGUUUGAGACCUGGGAAAGGUUUCAUAUAGGAGAAGCUUCUUCACCAACAAGGAUUUGAAGCUUUUCACUGUUUCAACAUUCAACUAAGCAGGGGUUUGACUGAUAACUUACAUCCUUAUUCGUAGGGAAGAGAGAUGGAAAAAAUUCUGGAAGCAGAUGCAAAUACUGUAUCUCAGCGUUCCUCAUCUUCUUCAGUUGUUGCUUUGGCAAUCAAGGGUAACAAGAAAAGCAAAUAUGUGGUACAGUGGGCACUGAAUAAGUUUGUUCCCGAGGGAAUGAUUAUCUUCAAGCUGAUACAUGUUUAUGCUACUAUAAAAGGAGUUCCAACGCCAUUGGGAAAUGUGAUCCCUCUUUCACAAGUGCGUAAUGAUGUAGCAACUGCAUUCAAAAAGGAAGUGGAGUGGCAAACAAACCAAAUGCUGCUACCUUUCAAGAGAUUGUGUGAGCAAAGAAAGGUGCAUGUGGAUGUUGUACUGAUUGAAUCAGAUGACGUGGCUAUUGCAAUAACAGAGGAAGUGGCUAAGGGUGCUAUCACCAAACUUGUUGUUGGAGCUUCAUCUCGUGGCAUAUUUAAAAGUAAACAGAAGGGUAUAUCUAUGAAAAUAUCAGUAAGCACUCCAAGAUUUUGCACAGUUUAUGCUAUUUCGAAGGGAAAAUUGUCCAUACGACAGUCAGACAUGCCUAUUGAUGGAAGCAUAGUAGAUGAUGCUAGUGAAACCAGUUUGUCUUCCAGCAGCUCAUCUAACUACACUUCCACCUCUCAGACAGAAUCUGCAUCAGUUUCAUCAUAUGCUGGUUUACACUCGUCUUCCCUAGCAACACAACGAUUUCAAGCUCUUUCAAGUAUAAAUAACAUAUGUAUACAUGAUUUAACAUCGGAUGGAAAACUAUUGCUUGAGCAAAUUCUAGAUAGAUACAACUCCAAUUUGCAAGUGAACUUUCUUUUUGAUCAUUUAUUUUAUCAGGCAAAAUUGAACCUUGAGCUGGAAAAGUUGAGAAUUGAGCUAAGACAUGUCGAAGGACUUCAUGUAGUAGCUCAAAGUGAGAAAGUUGAAGCAUCCCGGAAGCUGAAUGACCUUAGCAAGAAACGGUCAGAAGAAAGCAUAAAAAUGAAGGAGAUUAUUGCUAAGGAGGAGAAGGCAAAAGAAUUUGCAAAACUAGAAAUAGAGAAAUAUCAGGAUGCCUCCAGAGAAGCUGUAUAUAUGAAAGAAUGUGCUGAAAGGGAGGCUGUGGAAAGGAAAGAAACAGAGAUGAAAGUGAUCCGUGCCACAAAAGAGAAAGAAAAGUUGGAAGGUGCUCUUAGUGGUAAUAUACUACAGUACCGGAAGUUUACAUGGGCUGAAAUAGUCUCAGCUACUUCAUCUUUUUCUGAAGAUCUGAGAAUUGGAAUGGGAGCAUAUGGAACAGUGUACAAGUGUAAUUUGUAUCACACAACUGUUGCCGUUAAAGUUCUCAACACUAAUGGAAAUCGUGAAAGCAAGCAAUUCCAACAGGAGUUAGAGAUAUUGAGCAGAAUUCGUCAUCCAAACUUGCUGCUUCUUCUGGGUGCAUGUCCUGAUCAUGGAUGUCUUGUAUAUGAAUAUAUGGAGAACGGUAGCCUGGAAGACAGACUGCUGAGAAAAAACAACACAUGCCCAAUCACAUGGUUUGAGAGAUUUCGAAUAGCUUGGGAAAUUGCAUCAGCUCUUGCCUUUCUUCACAGCUCAAAGCCAGAACCUAUCAUUCAUCGGGACUUAAAACCAGCAAACAUCUUGCUUGGUCGAAACCUUGUCAGCAAGAUUGGUGACAUUGGACUUAGUACAGUACUCCAUUCCGAUAAUUUAUCUACCAUGUACAAGGACACAGCACCUGUUGGGACACUCUGCUACAUUGAUCCUGAGUAUCAAAGGACUGGGUUAAUAUCUCCAAAAUCUGAUGUCUAUGCUUUUGGAAUGGUGAUCCUACAAUUAUUGACAGCAAAACCAGCAAUAGCACUUGCUCAUAAGGUUGAAACUGCAAUUGAAGGUGGGAAUUUGACAGAUAUAUUGGAUCCAGAGGCAGGAGCUUGGCCAUUUAAAGAGACACUAGAUUUGGCUUUGUUGGGAAUGAGCUGUGCAGAACUUCGGCGUAGAGACCGGCCUGAUUUAAAAGAUCAAGUGCUUCCAAUACUUGACAGAUUAAAAGAAGUUGCUGAUAGGGCCCAACACUCUGCUUCAACUGUUACUAUUAAAUCCAAACCUCCUAAUCACUUUAUCUGUCCAAUUCUUCAGGAUGUGAUGGAUGAUCCUUGUGUUGCUGCUGAUGGAUAUACAUACGAUCGCAAAGCAAUUGAUAAGUGGCUUGAAGAGAACGACAAUUCACCAAUGACAAACAUAGCUUUACCUCACAAGCAUUUAAUUCCUAAUUACACACUUUUGUCAGCAAUUUUGGAGUGGAAGUCCGCAGAAUCAUGAUAUCAGCAGCAUUUUCUUUCUCCAUAUUGAUAUUAAGACCAAUAUUUCUCUGAUUUAGGGUUCUUAGAAACAUGUAGCAGUGUCUUGGAUGCAGAUAUUUUUUGUAGUUGUAGGACCUAAGAAUGCUGUUUGAUUAAUUUAGGUAGAUUGAUUUUCAAGUGUAGAUAGAUUUGAUUCUACUGUCUGACUCUCUAUACACUUACCCAUGUCAAUCUUGUUCUUAGUAUAAAUAAAUAAAACAAGAAUCAUAUUUUUUUGUA